UUUCUAGAAACCAACUUAGUUUUUUCUUCAGUUUAAUCAAAAGCCAGUCUGUUCCUUGAGCUCCGAUGAAUGAUGUCGAUUGUGACAAAACAUGGAGGUCACAGCUAGCAGUCGCCAUUAUGUUGACAGACUCUUCGACCCAGACCCACAGAAAGUGCUGCUGGGAGUCAUUGACAUGAAGAAUGCAGUCAUCGGAAACAACAAGCAGAAGGCUAACCUGAUCGUGCUGGGAGCUGUACCCAGGCUGCUGUACCUCCUCCAGCAGGACUCCUCUGGCGCGGAGCUGCGGACUGAGUGUGCCGUGGUGCUGGGCAGCCUGGCCAUGGGCACCGAGAACAACGUCAAGUCCCUGGUGGACUGCCACAUCAUCCCUGCCCUGCUGCAAGGUCUUCUCUCUCAGGAUCUCAAGUUCAUUGAAGCUUGUCUGCGCUGCUUGCGGACGGUCUUCAUCAGCACUGUCACUCCUGUGCAGCUCCUCUACACGGACGCAGCAGUGAUCCCUCACCUCAUGUCUUUGUUAAGCCGGUCGAGACGCACGCAGGAGUACACCUGUCAGAUCUUCUGUCACUGCUGCAAGACUCCAGACCAUCAGACAAUACUCUACAACCACGGGGCUAUCCAGAACAUUGCACACCUCCUGAUCUCCUCUUCAUACAAGGUACAAAUGCAGGCACUGAAAUGCUUCUCAGUCCUGGCCUAUGAAAACCCUCAGGUCUCCAUGACUCUGGUGAAUGUGCUGGUGGAUGGAGAGCUGCUAUCUCAGGUGUUCGUCAGGAUGAUGCAGAGGGACAAGCCCAUUGAAAUGCAGCUCACAGCAGCCAAAUGCCUAACGUAUAUGUGCAGAGCUGGAGCCAUCCGGACUGAUGAUAACUGCAUUGUGUUAAAGACUCUGCCCUGUCUGGUGCGCAUGUGCAGUAAAGAGCGCUUGCUGGAGGAGAGGGUGGACGGCGCAGAGACGCUGGCCUAUCUGAUUGAGCCGGACGUGGAGCUGCAAAGAAUCGCCAGCAUCACUGACCACCUGAUCGCCAUGCUCGCUGACUAUUUCAAAUACCCCAGCUCUGUCAGCGCCAUCACAGACAUCAAGCGGCUGGACCAUGACCUGAAGCAUGCCCACGAGCUGCGACAGGCGGCCUUCAAGUUGUACGCAUCUCUGGGGGCAAACGACGAGGACAUCCGGAAGAAGAUAAUUGAAACUGAGAAUAUGAUGGACCGAAUUGUCAGUGGAUUGUCAGAGUCUAGUAUCAAGGUGCGGUUAGCAGCCGUCAGGUGUCUGCACAGCCUGUCUCGCUCUGUUCAGCAGCUCCGGACCAGCUUCCAGGACCAUGCUGUGUGGAAACCGCUGAUGAAGCUGUUACAGAACGCUCCGGAAGAGGUCCUGGUCAUGGCCUCCUCCACACUGUGCAACCUGCUGCUUGAGUUCUCCCCCAGCAAGGAGCCGAUCCUGGAGUCCGGAGCGAUCGAUCUUCUGUGCAGCCUAACUCAGAGUGAGAGCCCAGCACUGCGGGUCAAUGGGAUCUGGGCACUCAUGAACAUGGCGUUCCAGGCAGAGCAGAAGAUAAAGAUGGAUAUCCUGCGAGCGCUGAGCACGGAGCAGCUCUUCAGACUGCUCUCCGACCCUGACGUCAACGUGCUGAUGAAGACCCUGGGACUGCUGAGAAACCUGCUUUCCACACGGCCGCACAUCGAUCAGAUCAUGAGCUCUCACGGGAAGCAGAUCAUGCAGGCGGUCACUCUCAUCCUGGAGGGAGAGCACAACAUCGAGGUCAAGGAGCAGACUCUCUGUAUCUUGGCUAACAUUGGUGACGGAACAACCGCCAAGGAUCUGAUCAUGAUCAAUGAUGACGUCCUACAGAAGAUUAAAUAUUACAUGGGGCACUCCAAUGUGAAGCUUCAGCUCGCUGCCACCUUCUGCAUCUCCAACCUGAUCUGGAAUGAGGAGGAGGGUGAGGGCUCUCAGGAGCGGCAGGACAGGCUCAGAGAGAUGGGCUUUGUAGAUAUUCUACACAAACUGACGCAGUCCACUGACCCCAGCCUCUGUGAUCGAGCGAAGACCGCAAUGCAGCAGUACCUGGCGUGAUGGCAGCACCCCCUCCACCUACCCCCGCGCCCCCAGUCAGGAGCGAGGUCACUGAUCCGCCGCUCGGAGGUCGCUGGGAGGUCACAUAGAGCAGCAGCAGCUCCUGCACCUCUGCCAGCGUGAGCAGCUCAUCGGAAACACGUUCAUUUGAGUUUGGGGUUUUUUGAAGACAAAUCUUUCAGGAUUUAUUAAAGGUGAAAUUAAUUUAAAAGAAGAAGAAAACAAGAGAGGAACACUCGCUCACUCGCAGAAGAAUCUUAUUUUGUUAAUAUGGGGUGUCCUCUCUUCCUUCUUUUCUGUGUACAAACUGAGAGAGAGAACGAGGGAGAAUGAGGACAUGAGCGCCCAGGACACUGAGAGUGAGGAGGGUCUCUCCCACUUUUAGUAUGCUUUUCUUUUUCAAGGGUGAUGUAAAACAAAAAAAGAAACAACUAAAUUCUGCUUUUGUUUUUUUUUUGUUUCUUUUGUGUUUUUUAUUUGGUGGACAGUUACCUCAGAUUUAAUUUGAUUUUGUUGUGUGAAGAUCGUCUGUCCUUCGACACCCGAGUUGUUUCCAGUGCGAGAGUGAGAGAGGUAGGACGAGCCCUGCCCGCACUCACACUCGGGCGUCUCUAAACGAAUCUGUUGAACCGGAGUGUCAAAGAUAUUUAUGAACUGACUGAUAAGCAAACUUUUUGAAGCUCCAUGGAGUGACUGUUUUCAAUGAAAUAUAUGCAGACAUGAAUUACUGUAUUGAGGCGACACAGAGUGAUUUUAUGGAGUUUGUUUUUUAGGCAGGUGUCUCUGGGUUUCUUUUUGCUUUCACAGGACACUUAAGGAUCUCUUGAAUCUUCUUUGAAAUAUACCACAGCGUCUGUAAUCUGAGGGCUCAGUCGAUGAUAGAAAUCGAAUGCUCUACUAAUGACUGUCCGGUCGACUCUGAACCAGGCAGGUGAUACUUGGAGAGGGUCACAGGCAGCUCUGAACCAUGGGCAGGU